UGGUGGAAUUCUCAUGGUUCUGCACAGUAUUAGCUUUUCUUCUGACUGCCGCUGCCCAUUGCCCGGAUGUUUUCGGAGAUCUAGCCACACGCACCAUGACUGGCUUUUCAGUUCCAGGGAGGGAGCACCAGGGAGAGAACAAAUCAUCCAAGCAGGGAGAGAAGGAAAGACCGGACUCAGGCUGCGCAGCAACCUGCUGCUUUGUCAGGGAUGGGCCCCGGGGAAGCGGCCCCAAGCCGGCCAGCUGAGUCCCGCCUGGGCCCGAGGCUAGCGGCCCCAGCGCGGUGUCCCUUCACCCCUGGGCCACACCUGUAGAGCCGGGCGUCCCCGCGCCGCGCUGCCCGUGAGCGAGCCAGGCUCGGGGGCCCAGGCAGAGGGCAGCGGCUUCCCCGUCCCAACGCCCAUGUGCGGGGCGGCCGGCACAUGCUCGCUACGGCCGCCCGGGGCGUUGGAGCAUGAGCAGAAGCGAAGCGGGAGCAUCAGACAUCUUGCAAGGUCCGCUUUGCGCAGGGAGUCGGAGCGCCAAGGCAACAAGGAGCCGCCCCGUCCCCGGGGCGCUGCGCGUCCGGCCCUUUGUGUGGUUGGCAGCCCCGGGGCUCGCUCCUCCUCCUCCUCCCCCGCCGGCCCGGGCUGCCUAGAGCAUCGCCCCCCCCCAUCUGCGCCCCCCCUCCCCGCUUGCAUUUAUCUUAAUUCGCCUCCGAGACAAGAUGGCAACGCCGGCGGCUGUAAAUCCUCCCGAAAUGGCUUCAGAUAUUCCUGGAUCAGUGACAUUGCCAGUUGCACCUAUGGCAACAGGACAGGUGAGAAUGGCAGGAUCCAUGCCUGCUAGAGGAGGAAAGAGGCGUUCUGGAAUGGACUUUGAUGAUGAAGAUGGAGAGGGUCCUAGCAAAUUUUCAAGGUAUGAUGAUGAUCAAAUCUCUGGUGAUAAGGAAAAAUUUGCAAGGUGGGAAGAAUAUCAAAGUACUGCUGAUUCAGGGAGGAUGGCCAGGGAGAAUCACAGUGAAAUUGAAAGACGCAGGAGAAAUAAGAUGACACAGUAUAUCACUGAGCUGUCGGACAUGGUGCCCACCUGCAGUGCAUUGGCCCGUAAACCUGACAAGCUGACAAUUCUGCGUAUGGCUGUUUCGCACAUGAAGUCUAUGAGGGGCACUGGAAAUAAAUCUACUGACGGGGCAUAUAAGCCUUCUUUCCUAACGGAACAGGAACUGAAACAUCUUAUCCUUGAGGCUGCAGAUGGGUUCCUGUUUGUAGUUGCAGCUGAGACCGGGAGAGUCAUCUACGUAUCGGAUUCCGUUACUCCAGUGCUGAACCAGCCACAGUCAGAGUGGUUUGGCAGCACGCUCUAUGAGCAGGUUCAUCCAGACGAUGUGGAAAAGCUGAGAGAGCAACUGUGUACAUCUGAAAACUCUAUGACAGGGCGAAUUUUGGACUUGAAGACCGGAACAGUAAAGAAGGAAGGUCAGCAGUCCUCAAUGAGGAUGUGCAUGGGAUCAAGGCGUUCCUUCAUUUGCAGAAUGAGGUGUGGAAAUGCCCCUUUGGAUCAUUUACCUCUGAGCAGAAUAACCACCAUGCGAAAAAGAUACAGGAAUGGCCUAGGCCCAGUAAAAGAAGGAGAAGCACAGUAUGCAGUAGUCCACUGCACUGGAUAUAUCAAGGCCUGGCCACCAGCAGGAAUGACUAUACCAGAAGAAGAUACAGAUGUGGGUCAAGGUAGCAAAUAUUGCCUUGUGGCAAUAGGGAGGCUUCAGGUAACUAGCUCACCUGUGUGCAUGGACAUGAAUGGAAUGUCUGUUCCUACUGAGUUCUUGUCUAGACACAACUCCGAUGGAAUAAUCACAUUUGUUGAUCCAAGAUGUAUCAGUGUGAUUGGCUAUCAACCACAGGAUCUUCUGGGAAAAGACAUUUUAGAAUUCUGCCAUCCGGAAGAUCAAAGCCAUUUGAGAGAGAGUUUCCAACAGGUUGUUAAACUGAAGGGCCAAGUCCUGUCAGUGAUGUAUCGUUUUCGUACCAAAAACCGGGAGUGGAUGUUAAUCAGGACCAGCAGCUUCACUUUUCAGAAUCCUUAUUCUGAUGAGAUUGAAUACAUCAUUUGCACCAACACUAACGUUAAACAGCUUCAGCAACAGCAAGCCGAGCUUGAAGUACAUCAGAGAGAUGGGUUGUCCUCCUAUGACUUAUCUCAGGUACCUGUUCCAAAUAUACCAGCUAACGUUCAUGAGGGUGGAAAGCCAGUGGAGAAGCCAGACGCUAUCUUCUCCCAGGAGCAGAAUCCUAGGUUUGCUGAGAUGUUUGCAGGAAUAACUGCUUCGGAUAAAAAAAUGAUGGCCUCUGCGUCCCCAGCAGGAAACCAACAGCUUUACUCUCAGGGGAGCCCAUUCCAGCCAGGGCAUUCAGGAAAGGCUUUCAGAAAGAAUGCAACACUGACAAGAAACAGCUCAUCUGUGGUACAUGUGCCUGGUGUGAAUGAUAUCCAGUCCUCUUCUUCAACAGGCCAAAAUUUGACACAGAUCUCUCGUCAGUUAAAUCAGAGUCAAGUCACCUGGACAGGGAGUCGUCCACCAUUUCCAGGACAGCAAAUCCCAUCACAAUCUGGCAAGACUCAAUCGUCACCCUUUGGAAUUGGAACCAGUCAUACCUAUCCAGCUGAUCCAUCAUCGUACAGCCCUCUCUCUAGCCCAGCCACUUCUUCCCCAAGUGGAAAUGCCUACUCUAGCCUAGCAAACAGAGGUGCAGGGUUUGCUGAGAGUGGCCAAAGCAGUGGACAAUUCCAAGGGAGACCUUCGGAGGUCUGGUCCCAGUGGCAAAGCCAGCAUCAUAAUCAGCAAAGCAGUGACCAGCAUUCUCACCAGCAGCCCAGUCAGACUGAAGUCUUCCAAGACAUGCUGCCUAUGCCGGGGGAUCCAACACAGGGCACUGGCAAUUACAACAUUGAAGAUUUUGCCGAUCUGGGCAUGUUUCCACCAUUUUCUGAGUAAUCUACAACGCAAACAAACCCAGUGAAAUGAAGUUCAACAAAACCAUUUCAGUGUGGUUUUGGUUCUGCUUUUCCUGUAUUGCAUAACCGUAGAAUCUACUAACAAGAAAUCAUGUUUCUCAUAUUUUGGAUAGUGAUAAUAGGAGUUUGAUCUCUCUUCCUUCUGGUGUGUGAGUGCUGAAGAAGAAGUUACACCACUUGGUGGUGGUCAUUGACAGAUCCAUUUUGUAUUUUCUUGUCAUCUACCUCAGAGAUGAAAAACUUUUGCUUGAUUGUGAAAAAUCUCUGAGUCCUAAAUAUCUCAAUGUGAACAAUUCCUAAUGCUCCCUUUGAAUGGUAAAUUUAAAAUAGAUAAUGAAGUAACAAAGACUAACAGAGAAAAGGUAAGGUGACAUCCAGUUACAGGGUCUACUGUUCAGUUUCAAUGUCUUGCUCUAAUCUUAGGUUUCAGAGUAGCAGCCAUGUUAGUCUGUAUCCGCAAAAAGAAAAGGAGGACUUGUGGCACCUUAGAGACUAACACAUUUAUUUGAGCAUAAGCUUUCGUUCUCUGAAAACAGAUUCAGUAUUCUGAUUUCUUGGAUUCUUGAGAAUUUUAGGUCAGUUUGAAUGUGAGAUUAUACAGCAUAAUAUAGUCCUCUCUGACCAGAAGAUUCAGCACCUUUUUUCCCCUCUCUUAACCCAGUUAAACUUGAAUAUGUGUACAUUUUAGUACUGUAUGUAUAUCUUGUGCUGUAUGAUGUGAUUUCCUGUAUUGGUAGGGUUUGUUUUUUUUUUUAACAUAUGAAAUGAGUCCAUUCCAGAGUGUACCGAAAGGGGUGACAAUGUAUCGCAGAACUUAGAUAUUGCAGGAUUAUGCAUCACUUUACUUAGAAAUAACACUAAUUGGUUAAUUCUGGUCAUUCUGAUUUAUGCCAUAUAUUUACUUACGCAAGCUGUUGUUCUUUUUUUCAUUGAAUUUAUUAAGUAAGACCUAUAUGUCUCUAAUUUUCUCACUACCUGGUUUUAUUUUAUUUUUUGCCGUCUAUUAUUACAUCCCCCAAAAGAUCUUUUAUAAAAUUACUGUACAACAUAUCAAGAACACUGUUUCAGCACCAGUUGCAUUUCCUGUCUGUGAACCCCUUUGUUAUAUCUUGUGCAACAUUACAUUUUGACAGUUAAAAGAGGUGCCCUGUUACAACAGAAUCAUCAAGGCUCAUUUACUGAGAGAAGUGAGCUAGUUUGUUUCAUGUGCCAAACAAUGUUGUUAAAACUAAUUUGUAAUAGGAAACAGCCAGUCAAGCCGUUGUCUGCCAAAAACACAGUGGAGUUAACUUGAAUUUUUGCUUGCAUGCUAAAUUGCUGAGCAUCCACCUACUUCUGUUUAAACCCACUGUAUAAGGGUUUCAGUUCACUGGGCAUUUUGGAGACUCGGGCCGUCCAGAAGGGUGCAUGCUUUUCCAUGGCUCGGAGUCUUGCUGCCUGGCUUCUCCAUCAGAAACUUCUAGAAUUUCUGUUCCUUUAUUUCUUUUAUCACAUUAGUUGAGUUACAGAGAUCUGAUAUAAAAUGAAGAUUUAGGCCCAAAUAGUCCCUGCUUGGGGGGAAAAUCACCCAUGGACAAGAAACUCAAAAUUCCCACUUGCUGAGCUUCUUUGAAAUCCUGUGAAGGUUGCAGCUCAGCCCCCUUGAAAAAGGGGAAGAGGGUCCAGCUGCCUAAACCUGUGGAUGCCCUGGGAUCCAUGCAAAUCUCUGGACACCUACAAGAAGCCAGGGCCACACACCCAGAGGCCCAGUGUCUCUACAUAUUGCCAACCUACAUGCUGCCAUUGCCUGGCUACUUGAAGCUACCUCUGAAUUCAGAGGUGUCUUCCAGCAGGGAGGACUAUUGGCAUGCACUGUGUCAGCAUUGUCUUAUGUGGGUAAUCACUGGGGGUUCCUUGGGUGGAUGACUCCAUUGAGAGCAGCCAUUUCCCUAACUCAUGGCCUGCUCUGACCAUGUGGGUCUCAUCCAGAGAGACUUCCACAGGCUGGCAAACCAAAGCUAGCAGGCCACAGACACACUGCUCCCAACCCCAAUCGUGUGACUGGGGCUUUUCUCACCCUACUCUGCUUUCUGGCAGGUCACAGAGUGGGGUAAGUGGUCUUCAGUGUUUAGUGAGAGUCUCGCCUGCCAUUUGUCUCUUCGCUUCAUUUUCCAGGGCCAGUCCCUAGCCCUACGUGCCAUUGGAGGGAUGGUUUGUGUAUAUGUGUCUUUUGCUUGUAUUUUUUAAUGAAAACUGAAUCUAGUUCAAAGCUAGAUAAAGAACUGCAGAGGCCUCAGAUCUCUGGACUGUACUUGUCUCAGCAGAGUCAUCCUGAUUUAAAAAUGGGCACCUCUUCCCCUGCCCCAGGGGAUGAGGAGAAUACUCAGCUAGCUGAGGAAACCAUGCACUUAAACUAUAUUUAUUUUAAUACCUGGAUAUUGAUUCUCUUGAAGCUGCCCCUGCUACCCUUCACUCCCAUUGCGCGCACACUGCAUGGACAAAGAACUGAUCAGUGAGUGAGUCUAGAAAAGCUCUGCUCCCUGUAGUUAGCAUGUCCGUGGAAUUCACUGACCCCCCUAAAAGAUGCCUGUGUGGGUGAGUUGAGACAUCUGGGCGAAAGGGAAUAAUAGUAAAAGGAGAGAUGGAUGAUCCUGAUUCUGUGACAGGUCUAACAACGGGGGAAGAAGGGAGUGGCCCAGCAAUUUAUAGCUCUUUAUAUACUGCACUGGACGUGAUACAUUCAGGAUUUUUUAAAAUAUAAAAAUGAGAAUUUCUGUAAAGUGAAAAAUGGAUUGGAAAAUGGUGUUCCUAUGUUGCAGUCUACCUGACCGGUUGCUCUGCGUGUAUGUAUACUUUACUUGUUGUUCCUGAAUUCAGUCUAAAAUAAUGUGUUUAUGAAAACCUGUUUUUUCCAGCCCAGAAAAGUUUCUCUACAUAUCACUGUCUUUUUAUGCUAUCGGUGUGUAGAAGUAGGCUUAUCAGUCAGUAUUUGGUAGUACAGUUUGAAGUUCUUUGUUAAAAGAUAUUCAAGCAUGUCUAUUUUUUUAAAAUACAGUAUUACUAGUGCCCAAGGCAUCAGUGCAAGGUCUGUUUCUUGUCUUCUUCCUCCCCAUCCUUGUGGCCAUAAAAGGGAAUUACUGUAGUGUUAAAGGCCAGUCUAGAAGAGUCCAAGGCUUUCAUCCACUUCACUUUGGGCCACAGUAUGCCCCUGUUUAUAUUCUGAUAUCCUGAGCCAAUCUUUCUCCCUGUUUCUCCGUUCUCCCUAAGCUCCCCUUCAGCUGAUCCCCCGCACAGUAUCUUUACAUUGCUUUCCCUGCGUUGGAAGGGAAGAUGUGGGUGAUCUUUUCUGAGGGUGCUGUUAGUUUCACGCCAGCAAGAAGGGAGCUCUUAAAGAGCAUUAUGGUUGGCAACCUUAUUCCUGAGACCAAGUGAAUAGUGCUCCUAGGGCUCCUGUCCAGUAUGUGCUGCCUCAAUGCCCCUGGCUGACUCUUUUGAAAUCUCUUCCUCAUUCUAAUUCUUGUGGCAGCAAAGGCUGUUUUAGCAUAAGUGGAGCUAUAAUCUUUGUUGUGUGUCUUGAUAGUAAUAAAACAACUUACAUGUAUAAUGACUGAAGUUGUUAAGUGCAUUUGAAAACUGUCCUCUUUUUAUUUGUGCAGUUAACAUAACGCCUGUGGUAGGUCAGCUGCCAGAGUUUGCAGAUUUUACAUGCAGAUUUUUUUCUACCUGCAGAGUUGUGUUUUCUGACCAGACUGUAUUGCAAACACAGUGUUUCUGAAAACAGUGGGAAAUACAUAACUGAAGCAUUCUGCUUUUUAAACCAAGUGUGCAAGAAGCUACAAAUGAUAAUGUAACAAGCUGAGGAAGUUACUUCAAUGAGUAAGCUUAUAGACUGGGACCAUUUUCAUAUGCUGAGGUAUUUACUUGUUCAUAUAAUCAAUCCUGUUUCCUGACAUUAAGUAUUUUACAGGACUGAUUGUAUUGCAUAACUUGUUAAAGGCACUAAUGACAGUGCCAACAAUUAUACUUUAACCAGAUGUGUCCAUAACUAGCUUUGUUGCCUUCUUUUUCUUGAAGCCCAGUCUGAAACUGUAAAUACUUUUUGCAGUACUGCCUUUUUUAACUCCUAAUUACUUUUGGCACAGUGUUAUAUAGUGUUGGAUUUACCCAAUUGCUAUAACAUAUAUUUUUAUACAUAGGCAUACUCUUUUUCAAGAGUAAUACAGCCACUUAAUCAUUAAUGCCUUAUCAGUGUCAUAAUGCUGUUGCUCUUCGGUUGGUUGGUUUGCAAGGUGUCCAGUGGGUUAAUUUUUAGGUCAGAUAUUUUCAUUUUCAUAGCAGUGCUCAAAUUGGGGUAUAGGGGAUUGUGCUGUAACCCCAGUUUUCACUGUUGCCAAUGGUGGAGAGGGAGGUGCAUGAGGAGAAGGUCCUCCAAAAUGGGGAAAAGGAGGAAAAAAAAAAAGGGAGGGCGUACCAUGAUUUAAAGUCUAUGAGUCUAUGACAUUUAUGGGGUCACUCUCCUCCUGCUCCAAACUUUGAGCACAUUUUCAUGGGUUGACAGCUGCAUAGAUAUGGACCAGUUUGCUUAGAGUCGUGCUCUUUUUUAAAAAUAAUAAAUGCCAAAAAAAUGGCUUCUGUUGUCAAGUUAGGCACUUGGUUACUUAUCUGUUUAAACUGUUUAUAUUGCUGUGAAAUUGUGCUGUGGAUAAAGUGUAUUUUGUACUUCUGAAUGUUCUAUAUUUAUGACUAACAGUUACCGAAUCAGUUGUGUGUAUGUAUAUCUAAUAACUGCCUUUUUAAAUUUCAUUAAAAUAAAACUGUCAUGAGCUGUUAUUAA